ACCCAUACCGGGCUGGUGUAAAAUGAAACAGACCCUUCCGUGCAGGGUGUGAAGACAAACAGCAGCUCUCAGAGCAGAGCGGCCAGCGGGACUCAGAGUUUAGAUAAAACUCACUUCUUCUGAUCACCAUGGACGCCUCUGAGGAGGAGGACUACUACUACAAUGAAAACGCCAGCUACAACUUCAGCUAUGACGACUAUCCCAUCCUGUGCGAGAAAGACGACCUCCGUUCUUUCGCCGGCGUCUUCCUUCCUAUCAUAUACGCUUUGUGUCUGGUGGUCGGACUAGCCGGAAAUGCUUUGGUAGUGGCCGUGCACGCUUACCACAAACGCCUGAAGACCCUGACGGAUGCCUUCCUCAGCCACCUGGCCGUGGCCGACCUGCUCCUGCUCUUCACGCUGCCGUUCUGGGCUGCAGACGCCGCCAGGGGCUGGAUGCUGGGAGCAGCGGUCUGCAAAAUCAUGUCGGCCUGCUACACGGUGAACUUCACCUGUUGCAUGAUGCUGCUGGCGUGUAUCAGUCUGGAUAGAUACCUGGCACUGGUCAGAGUGCAACGUGAAGACAGCAGGGGGUGGCUGGGGAAGGCCUUUACCCGGAGACACUGCUGGAAGGUGUGCUUAGUUGUUUGGACGGUAGCGCUCCUUCUUGGAUUGCCCGAUUUGUUACUUACAGAAGUGAGAUGGACAUCUAAUAGGAACAUGUGCCUCACUAUCUAUCCUCCCUCAAUGGCUCGUGGUGGCAAAGCCACCCUGGAAGUGGUCGAGGUACUGCUGGGCUUCCUUCUUCCCUUCCUGGUCAUGGCGAUCUGUUAUUGGAAGGUAGGUCAAACACUGAAGGGCCUUCCGUCCGAGAGCAGAGGGAAGAAGUGGAAAGCUCUGCGUGUUCUUCUGCUGGUAGUGGGCGUCUUCGUGGUCACUCAGCUGCCUUAUAACAUGCUGAAGGUCUACCGCGCAAUGGAUUCUGUCUACGCUUUAGUGACCCACUGUGGGACGAGCAAAGUGCUGGACCAGGCGGCUCAGGUGACCGAAUGCCUGGCCCUGACUCACUGCUGCCUCAACCCCAUCCUCUACGCCUCCCUGGGCUCGUCUUUCAGGCAGCACAUGAUGAAAGUGGCCAAGAAGUUUGGAAAGAAGAGAAGGAAGCGGAGGAGAGAAACUGCUGCAGACGCAGAGGUGGUGGAGAUGUCGUUUAACUCCCACAGUGCCUCCCAGGAUACAAACUCCUUUUCAAUAUGAGAUACUGUCAACCACAUCUGUCAGAAACUGAUCUCAAAGACUGAAUCUGUCAUUAUUCUAAUCCUUCAUCACAAACGUUUUGACCAGAUUUGCAGUUGGAAUCAGUUAUAUUUCUGUGAUGUUUGUAUUUGUGGCAAAGUUUAUUCAAAAACCAGGAAAACUGUCAGAUUAUAGCUCACUGGUUAAGUUUUGUUACAUCAAAGCUGAGACUUUAAAAGUAAUUUUGAGAUGUUUUGAUUGAGGCUGUAACUUCACUUUCUCUCUCUGUAUCUCUGCUCCAAUGAUUAACACUUUCACAUUGUCCUGGUUAUGCUGUAGAAAGCCGUCUAAGACUAAGUAUAAUCUGAAAUACAUUUAAAAAUGGCAUCUGUUCCCUGGGUCACCAUGAGACAUAGCACCGUAUAGUUGUGUAUCAUCUGCAUAGCUGUGAAAGCAAAUGUUGUGCUCUCUGAUGACAUUUUCCAAAUGGCCAAAGACUAAUCCCUGAGGAACACCACAGUUUACAACAGAAUAACAGAUGAAGAGUUAACACUUGAGGCAAAAAUCAGAGAGACAUGACAUGUCGUAAACUGGACAUACAUCUCCUCAACAGUUGAAUAUUCUCCAGUUUUGGUAAUUACUUGUGUCUCAGAUGAAUUGAAGUUACAGUCACAAAUAUCUCAUGUUUCUAUUGUUUUUUUUCUGAAGCCAAGACCUCUGGAGAUCACUGAAAAGUCAAAUCAUUGCACUCAUCACUUGAUCGAGGCGGGAAGAGGCUGAAAAAAUGAUGACUUUGAAACCUGCAAACAGUUUCUGUGUGGAUCAUAUAUUGAUAAAAACCAUCUAAACCUUU